UUACAAAGUGCACCUAUAUGAUGAGUGAAGCUGAUAAAACAGACAAUGAGUGUAGAUAUAAGAUAGGUGUACUUAAUGGAGUGGUUGGUCGGUGUAAACAAUUCUUUUGUCAAAACAAACAAAAAAAAAACGCUUUUGUUGUUGUAGAUGUCACAGCCUCAAGCUCAGAUCGCCACAACUGAAAACCUCCCUGGGUCUUUUCCAGCAAUCUACAGUAAUCGGACAAGAACUAAAAGAAAGGCACUUGAACCUCCAAGAGUGACCAAGUUCCUGCAACUGCAGUUCUGCUUGCAAGGAUAAAAUACAAACAAAAGUCCUAAAGAUGAAACUCUGCUAUUGCGAGUCGGUUUAGGCAGAAGAAGUAUUAACAUUUCUGAUGAUGCUGAUCAUUCUGAGAUCACCAGAGUACUGCUUGAGGAAUAUCCCAAGCUGCAACAUUUGCGUUGGUGGUUGGCUUCUCCACAAAGCAGCAGGGGCAGUGGACAAAAAAAAAUACUCCUAUCCCAAGGUUCCCAGGGCUACACAGCAAAAAAACUGAAGUCCUCCUUAAACAACGGCAAGAACAUCAUCUACAUUGUUCCCCUUCAAGAAAAAAUUGGCAUGACCCCAUUGACAUAUGAUGCCCUGGAAUUCAAGAACAUGCCAAAAAGUGUUUGCAUGACUUGUGGUACAUCAGUUCCUCUUCAGUUGCUGCCGUUUCACAUUGAAUCCUGUCAGCUAGAUGAUGAUUCAAGGAUUCUGGAUAUGUUGCAGGAGAACAGCCAAGCCAAGAGACUGAUGUUAUUUGUAUGCAUGGAAGAGGGCCGAAGUUCCACAAAGAGCAGCAGUGCUGUACAAGGUUUGCUGCAUGAAAAAGAAACUGAACCACCACUGAAGUUCAGAAUGGAUAUAAGAGAGGACGUGGAAGAUCAGGAGGAAAGAAUAAUCAGCUUUUAUAAGGUCCCUAAAAUAGACUGGGCCAGACCACUCUAUUGCAAACUGGAAGGUGAUGUAGCCACUGGAGAGGGUAUUAAACGCCAUCUCUUCAGCCUUGUAAUGCACAAAUUGCGAAGUGGAUUCAUCACAGAUUUUGGAAAUGGAACCAGCACUGUGAUUUUUGAGGGACAAAUUGAUCACCUAGUCCCAUCCACCUCUCAAGUUCAUGUGCAGAAUGAUUUAUUCUUGAUGGCAGUAAGGAUGAUCAGCCACUCUUUCCUCCAUGGUGGCCUCCUGCUUGCUGGUCUCAGCCCAGCAAUUAUCCAUGUACUAUUAUAUUGGUUCCCCACAGACCGCAACUAUCCUGCUUGAAGAUGUAGUAGACAAUGACAUACAAGAGACAUUACAGCUUGCAACGGGCAGUCAGAUGAUGAGAAGAAAGAUGAAAAGCUUAAUGAGGACCAGAGGGGAGCUGUUAAUCAGCUGGCAUUAUUUUGGGACCUUCCUUUACUGACAGCAACAAACCGUACCUUGCUCUUGCACAGUUUGUUUCAUCAUGCUGUAAGUUUAAAAGACCAAUGCUUUUCUGUUGAGAGUUAGCCAGUUAAAACUGAGGCUGGUGAAGUUGGGUAUCGCUAUGCAGGCUCAUAAUGAUACCUUAAAGGGAACCCUGACUGUAAAGACAUGUCAAGAUAUGCCAUAUUGUGUAUAUGUCCAGUACUACUAUGAUAAAAAUAUACUUAAAUAUAGACAAUUUCUAUACUAGUAGGUUGCCAUUUUUGUCAAUAAUGAACAAAACAUUUAUUUGGUUUAUACAUAAUUUUAAUAACGUUGAACUGAACAGCCUUAACAGUCAGGGUCCCCUUUAAACCAUAGCACCACGAAGACUUGUAUUUUUUCUUGUCAGACCUCUUCCUUUGUAUUUGCCAUUGUAGCUACCAGCAAGGGAAUAGUGAAAUAUGAAAUCUCUUAUUUUUCUUGCACAGAAAAUGUUUUGUAUAUAUUCUACAAGCUAUUGAUCUCCUUAAGGCUAUACAACAAAAAUGCAGAACUGCCUUAAAGCAAUGUUUUAACCUUUUCUCCUUAUUAAUUUCUUAUUAAUUGAAUUACUAACAGUGAGUCCCUCAGACUGUCAUGUAAUGCAGGAUUAUUCACCUUCUUAACCACAAAGGCAGGUGUAUUGUAACAUUUUGUUUUUUGAGGUUGCAUAUGCUUUAAUGAGCACACACAAAACUAUACUUUUGUAUUUUAAAGUAAACUUAACAUAAAGAAUCCCAUUUGUAAGAUGAUUUGUAACUUUUAAAGUAUUUUAGAAAUAUCUAUUUUUAGUUGAAUAUUCUAUCAUGGUGGUAUAGGAUAGUAUAGUAUGUGCACCAAAAGGGGGAAUUGAUCUAUUUCAAUCUGCAAAAGACAGCAAUGGGCAUAUGUAACAAAGGCCCAUACCCAUAUAAUAUUUUUACUCCUUGUUUUUGAGUGUCACCUUGCCCCUUGGGAGUGAGUUGCAAGGAGUAAUGUCUGUAAUCUUCCCCUACACAAUGGGCCAACCCUCAAAAAACACACCAUUAAUUAACAGCUGCUAGCCUUCUACGCUGUAGACUGGGGUUCAAUCCCCACCUGGGCAAACACCCUACACUAUACCAAUAAGAGUCCUUGGGCAAGACUCCUAACACCACCUUGGC